AAGAAAGAGGGAGGGAGAGAGAGUGAGAGUGAGAGAGAGAGAGAGAUACUGGUCUGAUGGUCUCUGCAGCUCCCAGCCAUCUCCCCCUUCAUCUUUCCAUAGGGAAAGGGUGCUGCUGGGAGGGAGGAGGCUGCUGAGAGGGGAGGUUGCUGCUGGAAGAUGUAGUUCUCCCUGUUGCUGCCUCCAUAGGGGUCACACACAUGGGGUGACACACAUAUACUUACACAAACUCAGAGACACACACACACUCACAAUACUUACCAACACGCUGCUGCAGAAGAUCGGGUCCCCACAGCUGGAGGAAGAAGAAACAGUUUCAGAAAACAAGAGCCGACUUCAUGGACUCUCCUCUUCCCCUCACUGCGCACAUGACUGAAGAGGAGGCUGCAAGCACGCUGCUGAGCUCCCAAACACCAGACAAGAUGUCCUAUGAGAGCCGCAAUUUUCUUUCAGGCUUUAUCAGCCUGUACCGUGAGAAGGAGUGUCUGUGGCUGACGUCCUCACUAGACUACAGCAACAAGCAGAAGAGGGAGGCUGCUUAUACCCGCAUGGUGGAGUACUCAAAGCCCAACUACUUUGCUGCCUCGGUGGCCUGGGUCCGGAAGAAAAUUGACAAUCUACGGACAGUCUUUGUCAAAGAGAACCACAAGGUGGAGGAGUCCAAGAGGUCAGGGGCUGGUGAAGACAAGGUGUAUGUGCCGCAGCUGUGGUACUACAAAGAUCUACACUUUCUCCUGGAGAAACGGUCAGCUAAGGAGACUGAAGGGUCACAAGACCUACAGACACCUAAAGAAGACCUCAGCCGUACCACUGCCCUCAACAACACCUCACCAGAGGAACCAAACUCUCCACAGCGACAGGCUGCCAGGAGGAAGCCACGGAAAACCAAAUUUGUUGAAGACCCGCUACUAUUGGAGGCCCGUUCACAGCUGCUACGGAAACCGGAUGAGUUUGAUGACUUCAUAUGUUUCAGGUAUGAAGUGUCCCAAAGCCUGCGCAGAGAUACGGGUCCCAUACUUCAGCUCCUCAAACGACUGUCCAGUAGCAAGGAACCGCAGGGCAGCCACGAGCCUCUCAUCAGCAGGGAUAGGCACCCGCCAUUUGGUAUCCCGCUUCUGUAUGAGGGGGGUCACCAUACGCAGCAACUCCUGGAAGGUGUCAUCAUUCAUGUGCAGGAAGUUGCGGUAGUCAUCCGGGUUGUUCUCCCUGAUCUCAUCCAGGAAGGGCAUGUAGGAGCGAGUAGACCGCUUAAGCAGCCACUCCUUGGACCAGCAAGAUCUCUCCCUUCGCCUUUUCUGGGCCCUCUCCCUGUCUCCCCUCAUCUUCAGCACAGAGUAGCACAUGAGAGCCUGAUAGUGAGUAGAAUCCAUCUCUACACACACACAGCAGUAUAGAAACACUUUGUAAUGCAAGCAGAACAAAGCAGUGCACGGUAGCUAGCAAUGUGGAACGAGCAGCAGGUAUAAACCAAACUUCUCUAGUCACAGAGUAGAAAGAAGUGCACAGGGGAUGUGGUCAAGAUCCCGCCGGACGGAAUCCCGGUGGUCAAAAUACCGACACUGGAAUCCCAACCGGAACAAUCCCAACAUAUUCUCCCUCCGUGGGUGUCCACGACACCCACAGAGGGAGAAUAAAAUAGUGUGCUGAGCGUAGCGAGGCACUGUGCCCGCAAGGGGCUGCGUUCCACUCGCCACCCCUGUCGGGAUUGUGCUGGUCGGGAUUCCGGUGUCGGUAUUUCGACCGCCGGGAUCCCGUCCAGCAGGAUUUCGUACUGAUCCCGUGCACAGACUUAAAAUGGCUGCUUGUUUAUAUAUCCCCAAGAUAGGCCAGACCUCUAUUUACAUUUUUAGAAAUCUUGUAGAUAAAUCUGGUGUUCUUUUGGUCAGCAUGCUAUGCGCUUGCAUUCGAUCAUCCGAUACCACUCGAUUUCCGGUCGUAAGGGGCAUGGCCUGUGUCUCGGGAAGUGAGAGAGGGUAAAUUCGACCUCGGGGAGGAGUCUUACCCGGUACUAGCUCAAUGGGACAAUCCCAAGUACGAUGCGGAGGCAAGGUGUCCGCCCCUUGCUUACUGAAAACAUCUUGAAAAGCUUGGUACUCCACAGGAAGGCUGGAAGGGUUGGAAGAACAGAGAUGUCUAACUGAAGGUAAACCGUUCUGAAAACAGUCUUGUUCCCAAGAGAGACCAUCCAUAGUUUGCCAGUCUAUGUGGGGAUUGUGUCUGAUUAACCAUGGAAACCCUAGGAUUAGUUCAUGAGAGGCUUUAGGAAUUACAAGGAAAGAGAUUUCUUCUGAAUGGAGAACUCCGACCUUCAUCUUGAGAGGAAUAGUACGAAAGGAUAUAAUACCCUCAGGGAUAUAACUUCCAUCCACUGCGGUAACAGAAAUGGUACGAUCCAAAGGAACUGUUUGUAUUCCUGAUCGUUUGACCAGAGCUGAUGUAAUGAAGCUUUCGGCGGCUCCGGAGUCGAGUAGUGCAGGGAUGAGAAGAGAAGAAGAAGGGAGCUCCAAUUGGGUUAACAGGACAGACUCUUUCUUGGUAUGUAAUUCUGAGAAUUCUCCUAGCUUGACCUCUCCAGCACAAACUAGGAGCGGGCAUUUCCCGGACAUAGAUUGCAAGUUUUAACAAAGUGAUCAGAUGCACCACAAUACAGGCAGAGGUUCCCUUGUUGCCGUCUCUGACGUUCUUCAUUGGAUAGGCGGGAACGAUUAAUCUGCAUGGGUUCUUCCGCAGUUGGUGAUGAUGGUGUUGGUGGAAGAACAACUCUAGGCUUAGGGCGAUCUGACCGCAACCUCUCCAUACAGCGUUCUCUGUUCCUCAGGUCUAACUUAUUGCAUAAAGAAAUUAGUGUAUCCAACUUAUCAGGUACGUCCUGAGUUGCGAGGUCAUCUUUGAUCUUUUCGGAGAGACCGCUCCAGAAAGCUGCAAUGAGAGCCUCCUCAUUCCAGUACAGUUCAGAAGAAAGGGUGCGAAACUGGAUCACGUACUGACUGACCGCACGCGUGCCCUGACGCAGACACAGGAUCUCCAAAGAGGCAGCUGAAGUCCUGCCUGGUUCGUCGAAGAUUUUUUGGAAGGUGGCCACGAAUUCUGGAUAGUUAGAUAAGAUGGGAUCCAUCCUCUCCCACAAAGGUGAAGCCCAUUCCAACGCUUGCCCGGUAAGUAAAGAAAUUAUAUAGGCUACUUUGGUUCGUGCCGAUGGGAAGUUGGCCAACUGUAGUUCGCACUGGAUUUCGCACUGGUUGAGAAACCCGCGGCAUUGUUUUGGAUUCCCAUCGAAUUUAUUGGGAGGUGGCAAAUGCAACCGUGGAAGUGGUACUGGUACAGGAGGAAGCGGGACUGGAGGUGCUAAUGUGGGAGCAGCUGUAGAUACUUGAGAGGCCGUCAUGGCAACACAGAGAGAAUCGAGACGUUCGGACAUACUCUGCAUGAACUGCACGAUUUGAGAUUGUGUGGCCUCCUGCUUACUUAAGCGAGACCAGAUAUCUGUAGUUGAAUCCCCUCCUGAGGCCUGAUCACCCGUCGAAUCCAUUGAGGCCAGUGCUUACUGUCACGUCUAGCAGAGUUUGAGGAUCCGGCAGCUGAGAUUUGCCCGAGGAGGUAGCAGGCUGUGAAUGAACCAGAUGAGGAGGCUGGAUAUAGUUCCUUCGCAUGGGACACGGAGCAAUGAAGAACGUAGGCGGGGUUUGAGAGUCAAUGGAAAGUAUUUAUUAUGUACAGGGCUGAGGUAGAGAACCGAGUCUGGAGCAUGAUGGUUAAGACGUGGCUGGAGGCAAAGAACUGUGGACUGUGAUUUGAAAGACGAGACUGUAGAUGAUGAACUGUGGAUGAUGGUUGAAGACGUGGCUGGAGACAAGGACUGUGGACUGUGGUCUGGAAAACGAGGCUGAAGAUAAUAAUCUGCAGGCGGUGGUCGGUGGUACAAAGGCGUGGCUGGUGAAGGAGAUCUGUGGAGUGUGGCUUGAAAGACGAGGCAGAAGACCCGGGGCCGACUGUGCCCAAAGAGUCUUACUGGACCAGGUUUUCCAGGGGCGCUUCCACAGGCAGUAGCAGGGUAGGAACAGCAGGGCUGCAGCAGCAACAGAGAACCGACCAAGCAGGAUCAGGAGGAACCAGAAUACAGCAGGAAUCCUGGGAGCACAGGCUAAAGCACCUACAACAGGGUUGUAACUUGAAGCACUGGCAUCCCUGUCCUAAACCAGCCCCCUUUUAUAGGGAGAGCUUCCCCUGGAUUGGCUGGAAGAGACAGGAAACAGGAACUAUUCUCAAAACUUGGUCUCCAACAUGGCGGCGCCCAGUAAUGCAGACCUUUUUGCAAAGCCACAUUGCUCACUGCCCCUGGUCUCCUAGCAAUUGCCCAGCAAGAGCGACCCACUGUAGCGACGUCCCGCUGCCACGAGCGGACCCUCUCACCGCUGCUACUGCUGCCCACGGAUCUGGCGCAGCAGCCCACCUCCGCCUCUGCCCGCACAUCGCCAAGGAAGCCAGCCCCGCGGCCCCAGCGUACCGGUAAGACUCCGGAUGCUGACAUAUAGGUACCAUUAGCCACAGCCGCUGCAUCAUAGCACUGUGGGGAGGGAAGCCAGCAUAUUCCAUGUCCCUUUACAAGUUUCUUUAUAAUUUUAGUAUGCCCCACAGUAGUUUAUAAGAAUUCCUAUGACAGGAAACCUAAAAAAGUUUUGAUAUAUUCGAUAUAAAAAUGACACCUUAGGAUUUAUUCAGAGACCUGUCUAAUGUUGGAGUCACAGAGUUAGCUAUUGUCACAUCUCAUGGAUGGAUGAUGGAUGCUGACCCAUACUUAGGAUUGGCUGAGACAAUGCUUGGCACCCCUUCCCCUUUAAAUCCGGAACAGAGUGGCGAACGUCUUUAUGGGAGCCGUGGCCUCUGUUCAUACGGGAUCCGGUCUGAAG